GCGCAGAUCGUCCUCAGUAGUUGCCCAGACGCUGUCACGGGCGUAGCUGGAUGCUGGGUUGUCUCUCUCUCUCUCGCGCGCGCGCGUGCCGCAGGGAGGUGCUUCCUUUUCUUCUUCCUCUUCCUCCUGACCUACCUCCCUCUCGCCGUUUCCUCCUGUCGCCGUUUCUUCUUAUCUUCUUGACGCGGCGAAUAAAAUAAUUCAUAGAUUCAAUUUAAAAAGCAACAAGGUAACGCGCGGCGAUAGUUAAAAACAGCGACAGCAUCAACGACAACAUCAACAAUAACAACAACCACAACAGUAACAACAAUAUUAUAAUAAUAAUAAUAAUAAUAAAAUAAUAAUAUAUAAUAAAAAGGAAGAAGAAAAAAAUAUAACACAAUACAACACACACAACUCCACUUCUUCCCUCUCCUUUUCCUCUCCACCAAUAAUCUCUCUCUCUCCUUCCACCAGCCUCGUCUCGAUAGUGGCCACGUCCGUUUUCGCUUGCCGGCCGGGAAGAAGAGAGAAAAGGAGAGAGAGAAAGAAGCUACGUAAAAGGGGAAGAAAAAGAGAGAGUGUGUGUGUGAGUGUGUUUGUGUGUGUGAGAGAGAGAGAGAGAGAGAGAAAGAGAAUGUGACAGAAGGGGUGAUGGUGGUUGUUUCUUGCCGGUCGGUUGAAAGAAGAAGAGAGAAUUGUGUGAAAGCGAGAGAGAGAGAGAGAAAGAAAGAAAGAAAGAGUUAGAUAGAUAGAUAGAUGAUAGAUAGAUAGAUAGAUAGAACUGAGAGAAUAUAAGAAAAGAAGAGAGAGAAGGUGUGAGAAGUAAGAAGUGUACUUCUGUGUAUGGUGCAGUGCGGUGUGUCGUGCUUCUUCUUCUUCUUAUUCUGGAGAGAAAGAGAGAAAGCCGCCGAAUAGAAGAAAGAAGAGAAAGAAAAAAAGAAAGAGAGAAACAUAGAGCAUGGCGUGGUCGGAUUUAGCAUGUGUCGUCUCCUUGCCGUGACGUGAAAAGGUAUCAAAUAUUCUGGAUCAGAAACAUCCACGAUUGAAUCGAAAUUCGAAAGGUCGAGCAUUUCUUCAGGAUAAUAGAAGACAAAACUGCGUCAGGAGGGCCUGACAUGGCACGUGAAAGAAGAAGAAGAAAUCCUUUUCACUGGAAAUCGACACUGAAACCGUCCGGCACUCUAAAUUAAGGAAUGGAGGGAACGUGGCAGUGGGAGCAGCGAAAGCACUGCCAUAUUAUUUUGCUUAAUCCUUGGUCGCGUGUUAAGACAAAUCCAAGACAAGUUGCAGAUAAACGAGAACGACUGCAGAACAAUCCUGGUAAGGAAGAAGACAGCAGACCUAAAAAGUGGAUCGAAGAGGAACAGGAACUGUAGCGUUGGAAAGUGGUUGGAGGGUGCUUCCUUUCUUUUUUUAUUUUUCGGCAUUGUCUUUUGAAAGAAGAAAAAAAGAGAGAGAGAGAGAUAGAGAGAGAAAAAGAGGCUCGUUAUGGGCCCAAAAGAGCAAAACGUAACUCACUGAGCGAUGCAAGUAGUUGGGGCUGGGGCCCUGCUAGUGAGCAUGUGGCUCACUAGAGAAUGAAGAAACAAAACGUCCGGACCCUAUCGUUAAUCGUCUCCACAUUCACCUACCUCCUCGUCGGCGCUGCAAUCUUCGACGUUCUCGAGUCCGAGACGGAGAAACGACGCAAGGAAGCACUGGAUGCCAUUGAGAAAAUGGUUAUACGCAAGUACAAUAUCAGCGAGGAUGAUUUUAAAAUCAUGGAAACCGUGGUUCUGAAAACGGAGCCGCACAAGGCAGGCCAACAAUGGAAGUUUGCGGGUGCUUUCUACUAUGCAACCACGGUUCUCACCACAAUUGGUUACGGACAUUCAACGCCAAAUACUAUAAGCGGUAAGCUUUUCACGAUGUUCUACGGAAUCGUGGGAAUCCCGUUAGGACUCGUAAUGUUCCAAAGCAUAGGUGAACGCCUUAACAAGUUCUCAUCCGUUGUGAUACGGAACGUAAAGAUGCUUCUCAAUUGUAAGGAUGUCCAGGCUUCAGAAAUAAAUCUGAUCUGCGUUGUGACAACUUUGUCAUGUCUGACUAUCGCUGGUGGUGCAGCAGCGUUUUCCAGAUACGAAGGGUGGUCUUAUUUCGAUUCCAUCUAUUAUUGCUUCAUCACUUUGACAACCAUUGGCUUCGGUGAUAUGGUAGCUUUGCAAAAGGACAAUGCUCUGAACAAUAAGCCAGAGUACGUAAUGUUUGCCUUGAUCUUCAUUCUCUUCGGGUUGGCGAUCGUUGCGGCCUCCCUUAAUUUAUUAGUCCUGAGAUUCGUCACGAUGAAUACCGAAGACGAGAGACGAGACGAGGCCGAGGCUUUGCAGGCGGCACAGGACGCAGUACGCUUGGAAGGUGAUGUGAUAACAGCAAACGGCUCGAUAUUAUCAGGGCGAGUCGGUAAUCACGGUGAAACAGUUUCGUUUGACGACGAGCCGUCAGUAUGUAGUUGUCGCUGUAGCGGCUUUCAAAAGAAACGCCGGAGACCACGUUUUACGGUUCGUCGCUCACCCGGCAAGAUUUCUCACCUCUUACCGAUGCAGCAAUUUCCAGAACCGAAUCAAGAAACCGAGUUGAGAUCACCUCAGCUAACGCCGUUGCUACAAUUACAAACGUUGCAUCAACAUCGUGCCAGUAUCUGACAACGUUCUUAUGUUUCUUCGUUAACUUCCAUAGAACUUCAGCCGAGACGAGAGUCUGUCUGAUCCACCGUAGAAGUUAACUAUUUCGAUGUUCGAUCAAUAAUUAAGUCGACGACCGUAUUAAGUCCAAUAUCUUGUUUUCUUCUAGUCGUUGCCGUCAACAGUUUCAAUGUCAUUUUUAAAAACCUGCACUGUGACGUCAACGAUUCAACUUCAGCUUUUUCAUGGAUAAAAAAGAAAAAGAAAAAGAAAAGAAAAGACAAGACAAGACAAGACAAGACAAGAGCAAAGAAAAGAAAGCAAAACAAACCGAAAAGAAACUAAUUGUCUGUUCUAUCUGCUGUGUAUAGCAGCACCUUGUGCUCGAACGUCAAAGAAACAAACGUCGGUGGAGUGUGAAACAAUAACGUACAGCUUAACGGCUCUUCCUUUCGUUUUCUACUCGGACAAACGAUAUUCAAUAAAGAUAUGUCAUUUCACUCGAAUUAAUACGUUAAAUCAUUUAUUUCAUUUUACAUCCGAUAAAAUAAAUUCGUUUCUUAUCAAAAAUUAUUCUAAUACACGUAUAUAUGUACAUACUUAUGCGUGUCACAAGUUAUCACAGAAAAUAUCUGAUAUUUUAUUUAAAUUAACAAGUCAAUGAACAAGAUAAUUGUGAAGAAGUAAAGUAUAAAAAAGAAAGAAAUAGAAAUUCAAUCGUUCGAGUUUCUCUGAUUAUAAAGCUCAGGCGUGUUAUAUAUGUAUCACACAUGGUAAAGAUAGGUGUUCCACAUGCGGAGCAAUUUUCUUGCCUUUCAUCGAGAGAAGUAGUAUCUAUUUAAAUAUUUUUUAAUGUCAAAGAAUAUAUCUUUAGUAUUCCAAAUUUUGACAUGGUAUAUGUAUAUGAGGUAUAUGUAAGUAGUAUCCAUGUGAAGAGUGGUAGUAGCGAGCCAGCCGAACGUUUUUCACGCGUGUAUCAUAACUACGAAAUUCAAAAAUUUCAAGGAAGGAAAAGAAAAAAAUGAAAACAACCAAAGAAAAACCAAAAAAAGAAAGCUUUAAUGAAGACGACCAACCGAAAAAAAUUUAAAAAAAAUCUAAUAAAUAACAAUCCCGGAUCGUUCGACGACUCGUUACAAUAAAAAAAAAAAACAAUAUAGUAAAAUAUAAAAAGAAUAAAAAAAAAAUUACUGACAACGGUAUUCAGUAUGUUUCUAAUGAGAACUCGUAUUUAUCUAUGUCGUGCAUCGUGCACCGAUUCGUGAUCGAUAGAAUUCAAUGAAAAGCCAAACGAUUCGAUGCAUUGAACUUGUCACUUAUCGUUAUUUCGUUCGAUCACAAAAUAAUAAUAAUAAUAAUAGUAAUAUUAUAAUAAUAAUAAUAAUAAUAAUAAUAAUAGUAAAAUAAU